AUGCACCGCUCACCCGUUGUGUUAAGAAAUUUUGCACGCACGCAGAAGCGGCAUUUUAUCAAUGGAAGCAAAGCAAAACUGAGCAGAGAAAGAAAAAAGGAAAUUAUUGUUUUACACCCGAUACUAAAAAAAUCGAAACACUGCAACAAAUCGUUUAAGGAAAUACUAUAUGAUGCCCAGGAAGCGUUAGGGUUAGCUCGAUCAGCUGGUUUCAAAAUUGCAAAUGGAAUUUCUAUGCCUAUAGGGGGAUGGACAUUUUUUAAAUGUUCAAGUGAUUAUAGGAAGGAAAACGAACUAAAUCUUUUAGCAAAAUGUCAUAAGGAGGAAGAAGGUAAUGUUACGGCACCAUGUCAAUCAUAUGAAAAAACAACUGAUGAGAAUAUUUUCACUGGAGAAGAGGCACCAAAUAAGGGGGAAAGUUGUCUUACACAUGAUGAUAAUGUAAGGGUAUAUAUCCCGUCCUUUGAUAAGGAUAAACAUAAUAAAGAAAUAGAAAAAACAGGAAAAGAAAUAAGUAAAAGCACCUCUAUGAAUGUUAGAGACAAUGUACAUUAUAACUACUUCGAGGAAACGAAUCUUCAAUACGAUGACAUAGAAAAAAAAAUUGCAGAGUCGAUUAUGAUUAAAGUAAACAAAAUAGAUAGUAAGUUUUACUUUGGAAAAGGUAAAUUAAAUGAAUUAACAAGUUAUUUUCUAAAAAACCCAACGCCAUAUAUAUUUAUUAACGAUCUGCUUUCACCUGAACAGAUGAGAAAUUUGGAUAUGCUAUUUAACAGCAUACUGCAAAGUUAUCAUGAUCAGUUGAAACUAAAAAGACAAAGAGAGAAAGGGGAAACACACAACACAUUUAGAGAUACAGAGUUUAUUUAUGAAGAUAAUGAAUGUACUGACGAUAUGAUGAAUGAAGCACGCACAUACCUUGAUUUGUAUAAUGAUUAUAUGGAGAAGCAGGAAGAGGAAGAAGAAAAUGCAUGGGCUGACGAAGGUGACAGUCCUAACGAUGAUAACCAAAUCAAUCGAAAUGGUGAAUCGACGAAAGAUAAAUUAUUUCACCAAAAAAAGAUUGUACCACUGUACAUGGAGUUAUUCGAUAGAUACAGCAUCAUUUUGCAUAUUCUGAAAAGCAGGGCGAAAAAUAAUCUGAGCAAACUACAGGUGGAACUAGCCAGGGCAAACUUUAUUUUUAAUACUUAUUCAGAGGAUAAUAAAUCGAGAAUGAAAUAUAUAAAAUAUGUAGAAAAUAAUAUUUUGGGAAAAUCAAAUAUUGACAUUGAGGAGAAGUACAGUCAAUUAAACGAGUUCAAUGGAGAAAAGCAGAAUAAUAAAAAGAAAAAUUAUGACCAUUUGGGAUACACCAGCAAUUAUGUAAAAAGUUCAGAGACAUACAAAGAAUAUGAAAAAAGAAUUAUCAAUAAUCUUUAUUCAAAACUACGAAGAGAAUUAACAAAAUGUAAAAAUAAUAAUACAUUACAGAGUAGUUCAAGAAAACACAAAGCUUUAAUAGCAGUAGUAGGUUAUACGAAUGUUGGAAAAACCAAAUUAAUAAAUUAUUUAACAAAAUCAAAAUUAAAGGCAAAAAAUAUAUUAUUUCAAACUCUCGAUAGUUCCUUCAAAAGCAUGAAUAUAUCUGAUGGCCAUCCAAGCAUAUUUAUUGACUCAAUUGGAUUUAUUCAGAACAUUCCUUUUUCAUUAUAUGAAUCUUUUAAGAUAUCAUUAGAAUCAAUUAAAAAUGCAGACAUGUUAGUUCAUGUAAUAGAUGUAUGUCAUCCUUACAUGGAGCAACAUAAAAAAUGUGUCCUUGAUACGUUAAGUAAAAUAGGUUUUUCCAAUGAAUUUUUACAAAACAAUAUGAUCGAAGUAUGGAAUAAGAUAGACAAAUUAUCAGACCAACAAGUUUUUAGUUUGUAUAAGAACAAGCCAAUAAAUGCACUACCCAUUUCGGCCAAAGUUGGCACAAAUUGUGAUAUACUUGUAAACAUUAUUCAAGAUCGAAUUAAAAAACUUAAAGAUGUUAGAGUUUUAACACUUCAAUUUUUGACAAAAGAAGCUCACGAGAGGAUUCCCUACCUCAGGAAAAAUUUUAAUGUUGUUCCGAAUUCCAUUUCAUAUUCUAGUGACGGUAAUACAACUUUUAUCAAAUUAGUAGAGAAUCCCCGCAAUUUGCAGAAGUACUACGAGACAUUCGGCACGUUUAGGAAGUGA